CGUGUGACGCUAUUUUUGGUGCUACCCGCUUAGACUUCUAUUUUCGUCUUCUUCAGGGGCUGGACAUACCAAGUUGCUUGCGAUAACUAAUUAUUUCUCCCUCACUUGUAGCCUACUGACGAAUCUCAUCCUUGGCCACCGGUCUCUUUCCCUGUAUGUUACUCGACAGUCAUUUCACAAAUAGGCUUCACAGGACUAGUAACAGACGACAUUGGCUUUUUGGAGGAAUAUUUAUAAUGUGGAUUUAGAACCUGUUGCGUUGUUGUGACAUUCUUACAAGAUGGAAUCACUGCGUCGGGACCUACGGUAGACAAAGCCCGACGGGACAGCUUUUUAUCAAGUGUCAGAGUCCUCGGUGUCGGCGCCCCUGGGGUCAGUCCCCAUGGACCUGCGUGUGACGGAGCGUGUGAUGCGGCCGGGUUCGGACACAGCCCUGCUGACCCCCCUGCACCCCCCGCUGCUCCUCAGCCCCUUCUCCCCCCAGCCCUGCACCCCUUUCUCACAGCAGCAGCUGCACCAGCACAUACGGUUCAACAUGGAACAACGGAGACGUGAGCAGGAGCAGGAGAAACAGCAAGAGCUGCAGCAGCUGUGGCACAAGGACAAGAGCCAACAGAGUGCUGUGGCCAGUUCCCUGGUGAAGCAGAAACUCCAGGAGGUGAUUCUGAAGAAGCAAAAACAACAAGCCCUGGGAAGAACCAGCUCCAACCCUCUCAGUGGUCCCCCUGUGGGCUACAGGGAGCUGGCUCCAGACCCCAGUGGACCGCCCCAGCCUCUAGUGUCCUCCCCCGCACAGGGUUCUAGCGACGGCUCAGAUGACACUCCUCUACGCAGGGCAGCCUCAGAGCCCAACCUGAAGGUGAAACACAAGCUGAAGAAACACCUGAACACUCGUAAGAGUCCUCUGACACGCAAGGACAGUGCCCCGUCCCCCAUCAAACACCGGGUGCCCGACACUCUGGACUCGUCCCCCAGCAGCAGUAGCACACCAGUGUCUGGCUGCAGCUCGCCUAACGACAGUCUACCCAAUGAGAACGGAGUGCUGCAAUCUGUUGGCGGGCUGUCCCAUGAGGUUAUUAUCCGAUUGGCCCAGAGACUGCUGCUCCAGGAUGGGUCUCUAGCCCACUUCACCGUCCAGAGUUCCUCAGUCCUACCCACCAUCACCCUGGGCCUGCCAGCCAAUGCCAGGAGUGAUGGAGACUUGUCCCCUCUGAAGGUGGGUCGGGUGCCUAUGGUGACGGGAGGCCAGUCUGUCUACCUUCCCCUGGGGACGGAGGAGCAGAGUGGGUCGCUGUCCCCUCACUUCCAGCCUGUCCUCGUCCUGGAGCCCUCCGGACUGGUGCACGCCCCAAUGCUCGCUGUUCCAGGCCUGGGCCCUGUUCCUCUGCAGUUUUCCCCCCAGAUGGAUCAUCUGGCCCCGGAAGGGGGCCCUCACAAGCCUCUGAGCCGGACUCGCUCAGAGCCCCUGCCCCAGAGCCCCAGAUCCCUUCACCCCCAUCUGCUGCAGCAGCACCACAACAGCCAACUAUUGGAGAGACUUAAACAGCAGACACAUCUGGGAAAGCUGAUGUCUAAGACCAGUGAGAAGCCUCGUCUCAAACAGAUCCCCUCAGAGGACAUGGACUCUGAGGAGGUGGGGCCAGCACCCAGCGAUAUCUAUCAGGGCAGAGCAAGGGCGGAGUCACUGAGGGAGGCGGAGCUCGUGUCUGCGGCAGACAGCCAGGGAGGACAGAUCAACCUGCAACACACACUCAUACUCAACCAGUCGUUGCUAUGGGAGAAACAGAAACAGCUGCAGCAGCUGCGUCGCCAGACAGCCCACAUGGAGACACUGGCGGUACCCAUUAUGCUUGGCGGUGCCCACCGCCCCCUCUCCCGUACCCAGUCCUCGCCAGCCUCCACAUCCCUCACGUUGCCAGACAAACCCCUACCCCUGUCCACCCCAGAACCACAGAGCAAACCACGCUUCACCACCGGUCUGGUUUAUGACUCUCAGAUGCUGAAGCACCAGUGCACAUGUGGUGACAACAGCAGCCACCCAGAGCAUGCUGGGAGGAUCCAGAGUAUCUGGUCACGUCUCCAGGAGAGAGGUCUCAGGGGCCAGUGUGAGACUAUCCGAGGUAGGAAGGCCACUCUGGAGGAGCUGCAGUCGGUCCAUUCAGAGCGUCAUGUCCUUCUGUAUGGCACCAACCCUCUCAACCGCCUCAAACUGGACAACCGCAAGCUGUCCGGCAUUCUCUCUCAAAGGAUGUUUGUGAUGCUGCCAUGUGGAGGAGUAGGGGUGGAUAAUGACACAAUCUGGAACGAGUCUCAUACAUCCACGGCGUCGCGCAUGGCUGCAGGCAGCGUCACAGAGCUGGCCUUCAGAGUGGCCAAAGGAGAACUCAAGAAUGGCUUUGCAGUGGUGAGACCCCCAGGCCACCAUGCUGACCCCUCCAACCCAAUGGGUUUCUGCUAUUUCAACUCAGUGGCCAUUGCAGCCAAACAGCUGCAACAGAAACUGAGUGCCAACAAGAUCCUCAUCGUUGACUGGGAUGUUCACCAUGGUAAUGGGACCCAGGAAGUGUUUUACAAUGAUCCCAGUGUGCUGUAUAUCUCACUGCAUCGCUAUGACGAUGGCAACUUCUUCCCUGGCAGCGGCGGGCCGGCUGAGGUGGGAUCUGGUGCUGGAGAGGGCUUCAAUGUUAAUGUGGCCUGGACUGGAGGUCUGGAGCCCCCUAUGAGUGAUGCUGAGUACAUCACUGCUUUUAGGACGGUGGUGAUGCCCAUAGCUCAGGAGUUCUCCCCUGACGUGGUCCUGGUCUCCUCGGGGUUCGAUGCAGCAGAGGGACACCCUGCACCUCUAGGGGGUUACAAGGUCACCUCCAGAUGUUUUGGGUUUCUUACCCGGCAACUGAUGGGUCUGGCUGGAGGCCGGGUGAUCAUGGCUCUGGAGGGAGGUCACGACCUCACGGCCAUCUGUGACGCCUCUGAGGCCUGCGUCAGCGCUCUGCUGGGUAUUGAGGAGCCUCUGUCAGAGGAGGUGCUGCUGCAGAAGCCCAAUGCUAACAGUGUUCGCUCGCUACUGAGAGUCAUACAGAUACAUGGUCAGUAUUGGCAGUCCCUGAAGCUGUUCAGUAGCUCUGUGGGACUGUCCUACCUGGGUGCUCAGAGGAGAGACUGUGAGGAGACUGAUGCUGUCAAUGCUCUGGCCUCUCUGUCUGUGGGGGUCCUGACCAGCAGGAGCCACCCAGACGAGCCUAUGGAGCAAGAUGAGGACUCCAUGUAGAAGAUGCUGACCUUUAACCUCACAGACCUCUCCUUCAGGACAUCCCAAUAGCCUCGGAGAUCCUUCCCUGUCACACAACGAGGGGCAGGAGUGUAGAAUGUGGAUCUCUGCCUUAACCAAUGAGGCCCUAAAAUCACACAGUGCCUCAAAGACCACCGUCCAUUCUCCUCAGACUAUAUGCAGCGCACCUUAACACAGUGAAGAAUGAACUCAACACAGUGGAACUCAUGUAGCCUUCUGACACCACACCAAAGCCCUGUCAGUGUAUAUGUGAGAUAAAAGAUAUUCUCAUACAACUGAUUAUUAAACUAACUCUGUCCAUCCUCA